AAGCCCAAAAGUACAAACAAUAGCAUCAAGCUUUCAUGAUUUAUGAAUAUGUUUGAACUAGUUGGAGUUUUAGAUGGUUUUAGAUCAUUGCAGAUCCAUCAUGGGCGAACAAUGGCAGAAAAGAUCUGCGUUUUGUUUCUCUCGUGAUGUUAUUCUGUGAUCUUACGAUCCCAGAGGAGCUGCUGUAGCAGUCCUUACCACCAGGAAUGAAACCUGAACAAAUCGCCCAGUCAUCUUGCAAGGCGGUGACAUGCCAAUCAAUGGAAAAGGCCAGAGAAGCUCUAGAUGAUGGCCAAAAGCACUUCAAGGUGGAAAACCGCAACGAGGAGCGUGCCAUGCUUCUGGAGCACUUGCUGAAACUGGAAAGAGAGCAUGGUGACGACACCUCCAUCGAGGCCGCCGAGAAGCGACAGCCGAAGCGGGAGAAGAAGAGGCGAGUCAUUCCUGGUGGCGAGGGUGAAGAUGGUCAGGAAGCUUAUGAGGAAUACAUGGACUAUGCCUUCCCAGAGGACAACAAGGAACAGCAGAACCUCAAAAUCCUGGAGAUGGCUCGUAUGUGGAAGAAGAGAAAAAUUGAAAGCUCGCAGUAGAACGACCCAUGCACCAGGAAUUCAGGCGGUGCCGAAUCUGAGCGGGGCCUGGGAGCG